AUGUCGCUUCUUCCAGAAAUAAUCUUUGACAUCUUUUUGCGGCUGCCGGUAAAGCCUCUGCUACAUUUCAUCAAGGCUCAUCUUAACAGGUCAAUUGAAACCAACAGCCACAAAAAGCUGGUUCUCGAUGGCCAUGCACCAACUUUCCCUCAGCUUUACGCCUUGGAUUUCGACGACGGGCUCAAACAACCAGUUGAGCUCGAUGAUCCACUCAAACAUAGUCAUGGAUGGUUCGGCUACCAUAUCUCAGGUUCCUGCAGCGGUUUGCUUCUAUUACUUGGCGAGAACACAUUAAAGACAGUGAAACUUGGGUUAUGGAAUCCGUUUACUAAACGGUACAAAAUAUUAACAGAUCCCGCAGUUAGUAUUAUUUGGUCUUCCAAUUACAGAAGGUGCGAUAGUUUUGGGCUUGGGUACGAUGAUACCAGCAAUGACUAUAGGGUUGUGAGGAUUCUACAAGAGAUGCAGAGAGAAGUUUGGAUUUAUAGUUUGAGAUCUAAUUCUUGGAGAAAACUUGAUGUUUGGUGCGAGCUCUCCCAAGGUGAUAUGGGGGUCUUUGUUAAUGGUGUUCUUUAUUUUCAUGGGAAAAAUUUGGAGACCAUUGUUGCUUUUGAUAUUGCAACAGAGACGUUCUGCACAAUCCCAUUACCUGAAUGCUACAUACCUCAAGGUUUCCGACAUACAAGAGGGAAACACAUGAAAGAUUCCAAACAGUACCAAGUUAUAUCUUUUGAUCAUUCAAGUACUAUUUGUUGGGAAAGUCUUGUUUCCCUUGGUGAUGAUGCCAUUCCUGUUGAUUAG